AUGGCUAUCACGCCGCCAGGGCCGUCAACUCGCCCAACACUGUCACCUUCACCUCCUCCUCAGACCGCCUCGACCCCACCUCGAUCCAGCACGGCACACACUCCACUGCAGACUGCGCCGCCACCCCACAGGCACUUAGAUGGCAGAGUACAACGGGUGCUCGCAGGUCUUGUCGAAUUUGGCGUCGUCGUUGGCGAGAUCGUUGAUGAAGCCUCUGCGGACUCUCGCUACUCUCCUCGCAUCGGAUCGGACUCGGUCGGUGUUGCGGACGGUGCAGAUGGGUCUGUGCAAGGGCAGGGGCGGGCUUUCGAACCGGUACGAGGUGUCGAGGAAGUCGGUACUUCCGACGAAUCUCCUCGACCGAUGGCUGCGGAACGACGACCACGGGCGAGGGAACGGCGGAGGAUGGAGAAGCGACAAUGGCAGCUACCGCACGCGGAUGGAUACCCCAACUGCAACUACGUCGACAACUCCAUCUUCACCUGCUACCCCGAAUCGAACACGACCCUCGUCCAGAGUGACUACUCGCUCGUCAUCUGGAACGCGAUGCAGCCCUCCUUCAUCAACCGCCAAUACGUCGACGUCUACCUCUACAACGCCGACACGCAGGACAUUGCAACGUCCUGGAAGAACGAGUCGAAUGCGCAGGGCAUGAUCGGCAUUGUGCCGAGCGAUCCUUGGUGGCCGGGACCGCAGUCGGCGCAGUCUUGGUUUGGCUCGAACGCGCAGAACCGCACGACGCCCUACUUCUUCGUCGUCGUGCCGGCAGGUCAGCAGCUCACGGGCGGAGAGGUGCACGGCGCGACUUUCCGAGCUAUCCAAACCGCCGCACCUUCCUCGCUCUCCUCUUCGCUCGCCGCCCUCACUGCCUCAUCCGUCUCUUCAGCAUCGUCAGCUUCCGUCGCGUCUGCUUCGUCCUCCCUCUCCGCCCUCUCCGCCCUCUCCGCCUCAUCCGCCUCGGCCCUCGCCAGCCGCAACGGUUCUUCUACCGGCUCCUCCAGUCCAAGCGGCACCUCUCGCUCCGGCUCUCUGCAAAACGAGUCUAGCUCCGGCCCCGCUAUCCCUCGCUACGCCAUCGCCUUGAUCGUGAUUCUCGGCUUCCUCGCUCUUGUGGGUGGCGCAAUCGCGCUGUACCUCCUCGGUCGCGCACGACGAAGGAGACGCGAGCGCGAGGCGGCUUUAGCGGCUGGAGCGGCCGGAGCAGGUGCAGGAGCGAGUCGAAGCGGAGACUUCAUGUCGGAGGACGACUUUACGCAUGGCUCGCAGGAUCCGAUCCUUGGUGCGGGCGGAGCGAGGGGUAGCGCGUCGUCAGGUCGACCGAGGGCGUCGAGCUCAGUUGCCGGAGCGGGUGCGGGCACAGCUGGCGGUUCGGCAGCCGGAGCAGCAGCCGCGCCGCUCAUGUCCGAGCGGGACGAGUCGAUGCUUUCGCAUUCGGACGCGGCAAGGAUGGCCGAAGCGUUUCGCGCUGCCUUGCGCAGACCGGACUUCCCUGCGCCUGGUCCCGGAGUGGAGGGUGCAGCAGCUGCGGGAGUCGCGGCGGCGGGCCCUGGAGCGGGUCCUUCGCCUACUGGUGCAGCGGGAGGGGACGACUCGAACGGAAGUGGCGAGGGGAACGGAGUCGGACGCGGAUUGCUGGAGGACGAGCUGCGCGGCGAGGGAAAGAGCAUGAGGCAGGUCGAGGGUCGAGGAAAAGGAUGGGGGGCUGGUACGGGCGGAGGUGCGGGUCCUUCGGCGGGCGGUGCGGCUGCGUGA